GCACGUAGGAGCGGCAUUUCGUCUCGCGACGGCGUACGGUUCGCAUCGAUCGUACCUUUCGUUGAGAAUACCAGAGAUUCGUGACAGAUUCGAGUUGCGCAUUCUCAUUCUUUCUCUUUUCUUAAAGGGAAAAGCAAAUCAAACAAGAAGAAUAUUAAGAAGAAGAUAGAAAAGAAGAAGUGUAAGAAAAAGUGGAGAAAAGGGAUCAUAAUCGUCGAUAAUUGACUAAUUCUAUUUUGGUGACGUCAAAGAAAAUCGUUCGGAGAGACAUCAUUCAAAGAAAGGAUAUCCUAUAAAAGAAGAAGAAGAAGAGGAGGAGGAGGAGGAGGAGGAGGAGGAGGAGGAAGAUAAAAGAUAGAAGAAUCUUAGAGUGAUCAUGUUGAAGAAAUUAUUGAGCAAGUCCGGACGUAGGAUUUUACGGGCGAUCAAGAAGCUGUCUACGAGGAGUCGGAAGUUUAAAAGGUCGCAGCAGUCUAAUGGUGGUUGGCAAUCGACCCUCGGACCGGAUCUAGAUGCCGUGUCCCUUUCGUUGUCCCUACCGUCCCUGGACGCGAAAAGUAUCGACACCUACAUGACCUACGUCAUUGAGAACAUCGACGAUUGUGAUUCUAGAUGUUGUCAUUGUUGUGACGAAUAUGAAGAGAAUCAAAGGAAUGAGAACAUUGAAAAUGAAAUGACGAUCUAACGUUUGCUUCGAUAAAGAAUUCGUUGAUAAUAUUUAUUUCUUUCUCUGUCUCUUUUUCUCUUUAUCUAUCUAUCUGUAUAUCUAUCUAUCUAUCUCUCUCUGUCUUUCUAUCUUUCUCUCUCUUUUUGUCCAUUUGUCUAUCUUUCUCUCUCUCUUUUAUAUUUAUUAUUUAUUCCACGUUCCUAAUUACUAGCAAUAAAUAGAUUAUCGAGGAUGAGAGAGGAAGAGAGAGAGAGAAAGAGAAGAAAGUUUGAAAGAAAACGAAGAAUGAAAGACCAAAGAAAAAGAUUUUAUAAUCGAGCGUAUUGCUCGGUCUUCCGAAAGAAUAUUUAAGAAAGAAAUCUCAGUAAAUUUAUCGGAUUUAUUAUUCUGAUCUCGUUUAGCCUAAUUCCAUAUCUCGUCCAUAUAUGUAUGUAUGUAUGUAUGUAUUGAAACUUCUUUCAAUUCUGUACAUACAUACAUACACACACAUAUAUAUAUAUAUGUCUGUAUAUAUGUAUGUACGUAUAUAUGUAAUUCCUAGCACAAAUUUGUUAGAAUAACUUGUAUAAUUUUUUCGUUUCUUUCCCUCUUUCUUUCUUUUUUUUUUCAUUUUAUCAUUUGUUCUCUGUUUUUAUUUAUUAAUAAUAUUUUUUUUCCUUACAACUUCUUGAAAGAAAAACGAUUUCUAUCGUACUGCUAUUAUUCAAAGGUAUUCACAUCGUGCAGCAAUACCUAAUAUAGUACAAACGCAUAUCGGAUAUGCCUAUGUGCAAGAAACUAGAAUAGAAUAGAAUAGAAUAGAAUAGUAAUGCAGUAACGUAGUUUAUAAGUUGACCGAUUCGAUUCACAUCCAAGGUAAUAUAUAUCAUAGAAUUUCUUAUUGCGAUAAAUAUGUUCGUCGAUAAAUGUUGAUAUAGUCAAUGGAUUAGAACGAGUUGAUUAUAAUUAAAAAAAAAAAAGGUGUACUAUAAAAUGUGUGUUAACUUUGUGUUUCUCUAAAAUUUAAAAAACGUGUCUCUUGUCGUCCAUCCAAAAUUUACAUAAAAAGAAUAUAUUUAUUCUUCCUACAAUUACACUUGUAAAUAAAAAGAAAAGAAAAGAAAAAGAGGAGAAGAAAAAAAAAGAAAAAAAGAAGUAAAAGAGAAAAAAAAAUCGGACGAUUAUAAAAAUGUCUCUUAGAUAAACAAAUUUCUAUGUCGAGUAUUAAAAGAUAUAAUACAUGUGCGUGCGCACACACAUAUAUCUAUAUAUAUAUAUGUGUGUACAUAUAUAUACUUAUAUAUAUGUAUGCAUUUGGAAUGGUUGUAUAUUUUGAGUGUGUGAACGAUACGAAUGAAUAGACGUCGAUAAGGCUGUGACUUUGUAAAGGAUACGAACGUCAUCAAUAAAAUGGUCGCAUUGGAGUCAGAAUUCUA